CCGGCUUCCGUAAACACUAAACAAUAAGGCAUGAAACAAGAACGAGAGACGGGUCUGUCGCCUAAAAUAUAAUACAUUGCUGAAGCAAGGACAGCUGUUAAGUAAUCGAAUACCAGAGAGAAGACAAGCAACGGUAGGGAAAUGUGAUAAAGUAACGCAAGCCCUUGAAACCUGAUGUCACCGGCGCAUUAGUGAUCACGGUCGGCAUACAAUUUGAGUUGAAUUCAAAACUAGUCUGAAAAAAACCUUUAUAGUUUUAAUACCCUAUUCAUUUCUUCUAAUACCAGCUCUAUUAAAACAAAUAUAAAAAGCUAUAGUUUGAGUUUCACUGAGUUUGAGUUUAGUUUGAGUUUGAGUUUCUCCCAAGACUUGACAUUACACCACUGACAGACUGAAACAGAAUGGGGGUCAUGGUAGUGGUGAGCUGCAUCUUGGUAUUCAUCCUGAUGGAUGUUAUUGUCACCACUGUCAUCUACUUACACGGAUCCCAGACUGCAAUAUUCACAGAGGAUGGGCAGAACUUUGACAUUCUCCACUCCGUCCUGGACCUCUGGGGUACUUUGCUGGUCAGAGUCUGCCUUCUGCUGGGGGCCUCCAUAGGCGUGUUAUGGAACAGAGUGGACGGUCCACACAGGGUCUCUGCCCUGGGGACCCUGACUCUCCUCAUCUGCCUGACCAUCAGUACCUAUGCCUUAGCCAAGCUGCUGAUCCUGUCAGAGCAGGGCGAUCUGGCUCACCAACCCUGGUUUCUUAGCCUGUUCUCCUGGACCUGUGUGUCAGCGCUGGGGACCGUGCUCCUCUGGAGGCUCCUGGGAAGGACUCCCAACACUGUUACUGAAGGAGAGGGAGGUGGUGGUGGAGGAGGAGGACAUGGGGGCUCUGAAGAGACUGAGAGGCUGGUGGAGACAGCUGGAGAGAAUGGCACUGAAGAGGUGGAGGAGCAAGGACAGGAGCAUGGGGGGAAGAGGAGGAGGGCUAGCAGGAAAGGGACACAGGACCAGACGGACUCAGGGGCCACAAUGGGACGUCUGCUGUCCUACUGCAGUAAAGACGCUGGGCUGCUCUCGGUUGCCGUCCUCUUCCUCCUCAUCUCUGCUGUGUGUGAGGCCUUCAUCCCCUACUACAUUGGGCAGGCUAUAGAUGGCGUUGUUAUUCACAAAAGUAUGGAGUACUUUACCAAGCCCCUGAUCACCCUUACGGUGUUGGCCUUAGCCAGCUCUAUUGCCGUUGGAGUACGAGGUGGUCUCUUUAGUCUAACAUUUGCCAGACUGAAUCUUCGCCUGCGGAACCUUCUCUUCAGAUCUCUGAUGCGUCAGGAGAUAGGCUUCUUUGAUGCUAACCACACAGGUGACAUCACCUCUCGCCUGUCCUCUGACACUACACAAGUGAGUGACUUGAUCUCACUGAACAUCAACAUGUUCCUAAAGAGUAUGGUGAAGGGCAUAGGGUUCUUCAUCUUCAUGUUCGGGAUUUCCUGGAAGCUGACUCUCGUCACCAUCAUGGGAUUCCCCUUCAUCGCAGUCAUCUCCAAAGUCUAUGGGGAGUACUACAAGAGACUGACCAAAGAGGUUCAGACUGCCCUGGCUCAGGCUAACCAGGUGGCCGAGGAGACCAUUUCAGCCAUGAAGACGGUACGCAGCUUUGCCAAUGAGGAACAGGAGGCUGAUUCCUACUACGGCAGGCUACAGGUCAUGUUUCAGCUGAACAAGAAGCAAGCGUUGGCCUAUGCCCUCUACAUGUGGUCCAGUUGUAUCUCAGAGCUUGUUCUUGAAGUGGCUAUCCUCUUCUAUGGCGGUCACCUGGUCGUUACUGAGCAGAUGAGUGGAGGGGGCCUGAUAUCAUUCAUCUUAUAUGAGCUGGAGCUAGGAGAGUGCCUGGAGAGCAUAGCAUCGGUCUACACGGGUCUCAUGCAGGGAGUGGGAGCAGCUGAGAAGGUAUUUGAGUACAUGGACAGGGAGUCCAAACACCCACAUGAUGGGAAAGAGGUCCCUGAUACCUGCAAAGGACUGGUCGAGUUUAAAGAUGUCACGUUUUCCUACCCAACACGGCCCGAAACAGAAAUUCUAAAGAGUGUGUCCUUCACUUUGCGGCCUGGCGAGGUGACAGCCUUGGUGGGACCAUCAGGCAGUGGGAAAAGCUCCUGUGUGGGGCUCCUAGAGAACUUCUACCCCCCACAACAAGGCCAGGUGCUGCUGGACGGCCGGCAGGUGCACACCUACCAGCAUGACCUCCUCCACUCACAGGUAGCACUUGUGGGCCAGGAGCCUGUCCUGUUUGCCCGUUCUGUAGAGCAGAACAUAACCUAUGGCCUGACUGAUAUCCCUAUGGAGGCUGUGGUGCAGGCAGCCACCAAGGCAAAUGCACAUGACUUCAUCACCGGUCUAACCAAUGGCUAUGAUACAGGAGUGGGUGAGAAGGGGACCCAGUUGUCAGGGGGACAGAAGCAACGGGUGGCCAUCGCAAGGGCACUCAUCCGCAACCCACAUGUUCUGAUCCUGGACGAGGCCACCAGUGCACUGGAUGCAGAGAGCGAACAUGUUGUCCAGCAGGCCCUGAACAACAAAAUGCGUCAGCACACAGUGCUGUUGAUCGCCCACCGCCUCAGCACAGUGGAAAAGGCAAACAACAUCAUAGUUAUCAACCACGGCUGUGUGGUGGAGCAGGGGCCACACAACCAACUCAUGGCCAAGGGGGGCCUGUACUGCAAGCUGGUGCAGAGGCAGGUCCUGGGCAUCGAGACGGGGGCAGAGGUCCUCAACACCCCAGAGAAGCACUCCUGGAAGUCUGAGGGGGGUAGUCAGCGGAGUGGACCUGAUAGCAGCAGUCCCAGUAAGUCUGAAUGUGAAGCACCAUGCUACUGAGAGAGCUUGAGCUCCAUCGGUAGCUAACAUUGACUGACUGACAAUCAUGGACUAAGGAGUACACCAUAUCCAAGGAAUUACAUUACAGUACCCUAGAUUCAUUAAAGGCCAAUAAUAAUAAAACAUAUAUAUUGUGUUUUAUAUAUAUUUCCACGCUAUGCGGUUGGAAUAGUACUGUGAAAUUGUGAAAAUUAUGAUAAUGUCCUUUUAGUGUAAGAGCUGUUUGGAAAGACCUGUUUUGUUGGGAUGGAGUUUUGGCCUCAUUGGUGAAAUCAACAGGCGGUAAAUUAGUUAAAGGUCAAACUCCACCCCUUUCUCAAUUUUCUAUCAAAACAGCUGCAUUGAACCUUUUAAGGGAUUUAAUGGUGUCCAAAACCAUGAAUAAUGCAUAAUUAUUGAAUAAUCAAUGAGUAUUGGGAUUUGGUAGCCAUUUGACCAGCUUUGAUGGACUUGAAUGAGCAACACUUAAAUUAGUUUUCAAUGUUAUUUUUCAUAAAGUCGAUUAUACAGUCUAUGGUUAUCACAGUGGUCUUCGUGUUGAACAUACAUGUAUUUUGAGGUGGAGACAGCUCAAGCCAAAGUUAACAUUGUUGAUUGUAUGACGUACAAAAGAGUAAUAGUAUUGUGAUACUUUAUUUCUUAUGGCAAUACUAGGUGGAAAUGGUAAAGGCAUCUCCGCUUCCAUGUCAACAACUAAGCCUCUCUCUGUUAAUGGGUAAAUGUGUACUGUAUACAGGACAGAGAGGGGCCUUCGCUGGAGACUUUAUUUUUGAAUUAUUUGCAAAUCAAUGGGAAGUGCAUUAUCUUCAAACUAUGACACUAUCAUUGCUGAUUUUGAAUAUAUUACAUUUUAUGUUGAUGCUGUCUGAUUCUUGAUUUUGCACAAUUAAACAUCAAUUUACUGAUUGAACUAA